AGCCACACCUACUCUGUGUGUGUCUGCGCGGAGGGACUAUCCUGUCAGGAAAUACCAUGCUGCCCUGCUCUCUCUUUAACUUCACACGCAGAAAAUCUCACCCCAGAAGACGCUUGUAGUUUUUCCUCUCUCUCUUUGUUGGAUUUUACCUCGGAUAUUUACGCACGGGUUUCUCUAUUGUUGUCUUUUUUCCAUUUUCCUGCAUUUUGACUCUCUCCUGUAAGGACAAUUGAAGAUUCUGUCAACAUGCUUCAAAGCUUCUCCCAGUCUCAGGACUGGCUUUACACAGAGCCGCUGUUAUUUGACGAUGAGUUCUGCCAGAGUUUGAUGAAGGACCUACAGAGUCUGCCGACGCCCCCUCAGUCUCCUCCGAUGAAGCCGGGUUUGGGCGGCACCAAGCCUCUCUCCAAAGAGGACCAGCUGAGCUACGUGUCCGACAUCCUGCUGGAGGACCACGACAUGCAGCUCAACUGGAACUCUGACUUCUUCCACAGCCAGGAGAGUAAAGAGGGGGAUGUGGGAGAGCCCUGCUCCCCCCUGGAGGAGGAGGAGGGCGGGGAGGACUGUCUGUGGCAGUGCCUCUCCGGAGACAAGAGUCUGGAGGAGAAGCUGGUGUCCUCCAUGCUGGGCUCCAGCCCGCUGCUCUCCGACAUCAACACCUCCAUCUUCGAGGAGAUCGCCGGCUCCACGCUGGACUGCCAGAACCUGAUGGAGCCCGGAGAGGCCACGUCGGACUACGGCUCCACCGCGGGGGAGCUGUCCACCUACUCCUCCAGCGACUCUGAGGAGGAGAUAGACGUGGUGACGGUGGUUCGGUGCUCCUCAAGCCCCUCCCCUCGCGCCUCAUUGGCCGACCUGUCCACCCGUCAGCAGAAACAGGAAGAGCAACAACGAGCUCAGCAGCGCCAACACUUUGAGAUCCAAUCGCAACACAAUUACGCCGCUCCGUGUCCCGCCUCUCCGCCACCUUCGUCCAACAAACGCUCGAGAGGAAGCGACGGAUCUUCCCGAUACCAUCACUCGUCGAGAAACUCCUCGUCUUCUUCUUCGUCGCGGUACCACAGCCACAGUCAUCAUCACAACAAUAGCAGCAGCAGCAGCAACUCGUCACGAAACUCCACGGAGACGGAGGAUGAAGAGGAGAGGCGGCGAACGCACAACGUCAUGGAGAGGCAGCGGAGAAACGAGCUGAAGAACUGCUUCGUUCACCUGCGAGACAACGUGCCCGAACUUUCCAACAACGACAAGGCGUCAAAGGUUGUGAUCCUGAAAAAGGCCAGAGAUUGCAUUUACGGUUUGGAAGAUGAAGGACAUCGACUUCAAUCCAAGAGAGACAAGCUGAGGGCGAAACAGGAGCAACUGAAGACUCGGUUAGAGAGGCUGCGAAGCUAAAAGGCAGCCAUCUUGAAUUUGUUUUAAGUGACAAUGCAAGGGGGGGAGGGAGAGACUGGGUACACAGAAAGGGAUGCAGGAUGGCGUCAUGCUGCAAAGAGCGCACAGAAGUUGGACUUUCUUGUAACGAUGAUAACGCUGGACUGAGCAGACAUGCUGCCAACGGAAACACAACACACUCAUUGCCUCAGAACUCAUUAUUCUCAUGCCUUGACGGCUGACUGUUGUAGAGAGUAGGAGGGUUUUUGAUAACAAAGCGAGCAGAUUUUUUAUUUUUUUAAAGCUUGGCUGAACGCACACUGAAAGACUAUAUAUAAAAAAGGUCUAUCGUUUCUUUUGGAAUCUACUUUUUGGGGUGCAGAAGCCAUGAAACUGGGAGCCACAUCAGCUCAGGAGUUGAAUGAAACUUGAAUGUUGUGUUUUCAGGACAUCUUAUAGCCAUACUAACCAGUGACCCCUCCACUCUGACAGGUGCCUGAUGCUGGCUUCCAAGUUCUCUGGUCAAAUGCACUUCUGUGUAUUCCAAUUUAAUCCCAAAUCUAAUGCUUUUUGAAUGAUUUUCGAUCAGAAAGGAGCGUUUUUCAAUGUGCCGUCAGCCCUGUUUGGCCUCAGGCCGAAGCACCACUCUGUUAUCAGGUUAAUGACAGUACUUAAAACAGGUUUAAUACUGUAGUAAUAACAAUGCUCCGCCUAAGUUCAGCUCGGAGUGUUUUCUCAAGUUGAAAACAUGGGAAUAACUUUGUAUUUAAGUAUUUUGUUUAAACUCAAAGGUAGCCAUAUUAAAAAUGCAGGUUAUUGUGAGGAGACUGAACCCGGGGAGGUGAUCCUAAAAUCGUGCUUUCGUAGCAAAUCAGCCAAAGUCAAGAUAAAAAAAAACAUUAAGAUUCUUUCAAAUGCAAAAAAACGGAGACAAACCGGUGUCGUCCUGAUAUUCAAAGGUUAAAGUUCGGAGGACGCUGCAACGAACAACAAUACUGUGAUAUUUACUUCUAUAGCAAACAAGUGAACAUUUAAAAAGCAUUUUGAUUAUUGAAAGAUCUAUUAAUCUAAAAUUGACCUCAUGACACUUCACUUGUCGUGAGAAAAACACCAUUUAAAAAAAGAUAAGAUUGGCCAUGGUUUCAUGAAUGGAAGCCACUGAGCAGCACUCCCGUGUUAAACAGCGUCCUUUUGUGUCCAAUUAAACUUGUGUUUUUUAUUAUACGGACACGGUAUACGCUGACGCCACCAUUUAAAAGUUAAAUUGAACGCUGUACAUGUUCAUCUUGGCAGAAUUUAAAAGCCUGAAAUAUCUUUAAUUGGGUUGAAUGUUUAACUGAAUGCUAUUGUAACGCUAAAUAUCAAUUAUUGCCAAUGUUCUCCCCAUUAACGUGCUGUCUUUGUUGUGAAAUGUGCAAAUGUAAGGUAAACAUUUGCUUGUCUUGUCAAAUGUCUUAAAAAAUGCAUCCUGUUUUAGUUUCUUUACGAAUUGAGUUCUGCCUCGAGUGUACUUGAACAGACCCUGGUUGUUGGGAAUAAUGAGAGUUGAGGUGUUUUGUUUUUUUUACGGUAAAAACCUGUUCUGCCUUGAAAUGCAUUCUGUUCAGCACUUCCUGUUGGAUCAUGUCGCUGUCUGGUUAAAACCUCAUUUGCUUCCAUUUUUUUUUUUUUUUUUUCUGGGGGAGAAAAUGUUUCAAUUUCCCAUUUUUAUGGGAUUUCAGGUUCUAAAUAACUGCCUCCUGAAGUCAAUAUGUGGUUUUAACAAGACAGCAAAGUAUGAUGUUUGUUUGUAAAUGGAGGUAGAGGUGUUUUGUUGAAAUGGUAAAAACCUGUUCUGCCUUGAAAAUUAAUUCUGUUUUUUAUGUCGCUGUCCGGUUAAAACGUUGUCUUCUAACAAUAGUUUUAUAUUGUCCUCGGACGCUUCAGCUCCUUGGAGUUUUAGCCAUGUUCUGAAGUAACGAGGUUUCAACGAGACAGCGACGAUGGUGAUUUCUUUGUUCUUAGCAUGAUGAAAACCUACCUCCAGCCGGCUGCAGUCUGUUCUGCAACGUUAACGUUUUUUCUGGUUUAAAUAUUGUACAGAUUUUUAAAAGAAUAUGUAAAUAUUUUUGUUAUUGUAUCAUAAAUUAUUUUAGUCGCUUUUUUUUUUUUUUUUUUUCAUUUUGAAUUUGAGGAUUGAAAAGAAAUGUUAUCCUUUACCAAGCAGCACUUUUUUUCUAAAUAUUGUCGUAAUUAAAGAAUGAAUGAGA